UGUCGGUGGACGGGGAAGUGGUGUUUCUGGGGAGGUGCGUGAAGUGAAGGAGAAUCUAAGAACUAUCAGUGCGCGUUUGGAUCAAACAGCUUGUAACCUCCCCCACCAUGCCUGGCCACCUUGUGAAGAGCACCGGGCCCGACCCCGACCCCAGCGAAUGGCUGUACGUUUCGGCCGAGCAGCGAAUGCUCGACCAGACCAAGCCGUAUGACCCAAAGAAGUCAUGCUGGGUCCCUGACGAUAAGGAGGGCUUCCUUGAGGGUCUCAUCCAGGGAACUAAGGGCGAUUCGAUGGUCAGCGUCCAGCUGAAGAGUGGAGAGGUGAAGAACUACAAGAAGGACGUUGUGGGACAGGUCAACCCACCCAAGUAUGAGAAGGCUGAGGAUAUGUCCAACUUGACCUACCUUAACGAUGCCUCCGUGCUGUACAACUUGAAGACCCGUUACCAGGCCAAGCUCAUCUACACCUACUCUGGCCUCUUCUGCAUCGCCGUCAACCCCUACAAGCGCUUCCCCAUCUACACCAACCGCACCGUCAAGAUCUACCAGGGCAAGAGGCGUAAUGAGGUGCCUCCCCAUCUGUUCGCCAUCUCCGACGGCGCCUACAUGGACAUGUUGCAAUCCGGAACUAACCAGUCUAUGCUUAUUACUGGAGAGUCUGGCGCCGGCAAGACUGAGAACACCAAGAAGGUGCUGUCCUACUUCGCCAACGUCGGCGCCACCACCAAGAAGAAGGAUGAUGAGAACAAGCCGAACUUGGAGGACCAGAUCGUGCAGACCAAUCCUCCUCUUGAAGCUUACGGUAAUGCCAAGACCACCCGUAACGACAACUCCUCUCGUUUCGGUAAGUUCAUCAGGAUUCACUUCGCCCCCAAUGGCAAGCUGUCCGGCGCUGACAUCGAAGUGUACCUGCUGGAGAAGGCUCGCGUCAUCUCGCAGCAGGCUGCUGAGCGAGGCUAUCACAUCUUCUACCAGAUGAUGUCCGAUCAAGUCCCUUACAUGAAGAAACUAUGUCGUCUUACUGACGACAUCUACGACUACAACUACGUAGCUCAGGGCAAGGUCACUGUGCCUUCCAUUGACGACAAGGAAGACAUGGAGUUCACACACAACGCUUUCACCAUUCUGAACUUCACUGACCAAGAGCGCGAUGACGCCUACAGGCUCACUGCUUCCGUCAUGCACAUGGGCAACCUCAAGUUCAAGCAGAGGGGCCGAGAGGAGCAGGCCGAACCCGACGGUACCGAGGCUGGUGAUACUCUUGGUGAGGUUAUGGGCGUCGACAGUGCUGAGCUGUAUAAGAAUCUGUGCAAGCCCAAGAUCAAGGUCGGCGCUGAGUUCGUCACCCAGGGAAGAAACGUAAACCAAGUUAACUACUCCGUUGGUGCUCUGGCAAAGGCCCUGUUCGACCGUCUCUUCAAGUGGAUCGUGAAGAAGUGUAACCAGACCCUCGAGACUGGCAUGAAGCGUGCCAUGUUCAUCGGCGUGCUUGAUAUUGCUGGUUUUGAGAUCUUUGACUACAACGGCUUCGAGCAGAUUUGCAUCAACUUCUGUAAUGAGAAGCUACAGCAGUUCUUCAACCAUCACAUGUUUGUGCUGGAGCAGGAGGAAUACAAGUCAGAAGGAAUUAACUGGCAGUUCGUCGACUUCGGUAUGGAUCUGCAAGCCUGUAUUGAGCUCUUCGAGAAGAAACUCGGUCUGCUCGCCAUUCUCGAGGAGGAAUCCAUGUUCCCUAAGGCUACUGACAAGACCUUUGAGGAGAAGCUGAAGGCCAACCAUCUGGGCAAGUCUCCCUGCUUCAUCAAGCCGAAGCCUCCCAAGCCAGGCCAGGCUGAGGGUCACUUCGCCAUCGUCCACUACGCCGGCACUGUGACUUACAACCUGAGUGGCUGGCUGGAGAAGAACAAGGAUCCCCUCAACGACACCGUCGUCGAUCAGCUCAAGAAGGCUACCAAUCAGUUGCUCGUAUUGUGCUUUGCUGACCAUCCUGGCCAGUCUGGUGACGCUGGUGGCGGAAAAGGUAAGGGAGGCAAGGGUGGCAAGAAGGGAUCUGCUGGCUUCAAGACUGUGUCCUCUGGGUAUAGGGACCAACUGAACAGCCUCAUGACGACCCUGCACUCCACUCAUCCCCACUUCAUCCGUUGCAUUGUGCCCAACGAGACAAAGACGCCAGGUGCUGUUCAGGCUGGUCUUAUCAUGCACCAGCUGACCUGCAACGGCGUGCUCGAGGGCAUCCGUAUCUGCCGCAAGGGCUUCCCCAACAGGAUGCCUUACCAUGACUUCAAGCACCGCUACAAGAUCCUCGCUCCUGAAGUCAUGAUCAGCGAGAAGGACGACAAGAAAGCAGCAGAGAAGACGUUCGAAAAGGCUGGACUUGACCCAGAACUUUUCCGCUGCGGUAAAACCAAGGUAUUCUUCCGUGCUGGAGUCCUGGGUACCAUGGAGGAAAUUCGCGAUGAGCGUUUGGGCAAAAUCAUCACCUGGAUGCAGUCAUGGAUCCGCGGAAUAAUCGGUCGCAAGGAAUAUCUUAGGCUGCAGGAACAGCGCGUAUCUCUGGUCGUGCUGCAGCGUAACAUCAGGAAGUAUAUGGCCAUGAGCAACUGGUCUUGGUUCAUCUUCUGGCAGAAGGUGAAGCCUCUUAUCAACCAGCCCAGGCUGGAAGACGAGAUUAACCGACUCAAGGACAGGGCUGAGAAGGCCUGUCAAGACUUGGAGCGCGAAUCUACUCGCAGGAAGGACCUUGAAGUCUCCAACACUAGUCUUACUGAAGAGUUGAAUGACCUGAAGGUUACCCUUGAAUCUACAAAGGGUAAUGUCUCCCAGUUCAUAGAGGAGAUGGCCAAGCUAUCUGCUCAGAAAACUGACCUAGAAUGUCAGCUGAACGACGCAACAAUGAAACUGCAAAGAGAAGAAGAGUCUCGAACUCAAAUGUUCCAGUCAAAGAGGUUGGCUGAACAGGAUGUCAAUGCCAUGAAAAAGGAUAUUGAAGACUUUGAGCUGAAUGUCCAGAAGACUAAUCAGGACAAGGCAACAAAGGAUCACCAGAUCCGCACCUUGAACGACGAGAUCGCUCACCAAGACGAAAUCAUCAACAAGAUUAACAAGGAGAAGAAGCUCCUGCAGGAGAUGAACCAGAAGACCGCUGAGGAUCUGCAAUCCAUUGAAGAUAAGGCUAAUCAUCUUAAUAAGGUCAAGUCGAAGCUUGAACAGACACUUGACGAGCUUGAAGGUUCGGUCGAUCGCGAGAAGAAGCUUCGUGGUGAAGUUGAAAGAUCGAAGAGGAAGGUCGAAGGUGACCUGAAGCUGACCCAGGAGAGCGUGUCUGACCUCGAACGUCAGUACAAGGAUGUAGAACAAAACAUCCAUCGCAAAGACAAGGAAAUCGGUUCCCUUGCAUGCAAACUCGAGGAAGAACAAGGCUUUGUGUCCAAGGUGCAGAAAUCUAUCAAGGAAUUGCAGUCUCGCAUCGAGGAACUAGAAUCUGAAGUCGAACACGAGCGACAAGCCAGAGCCAAGGCAGAGAAGAGCAAGGGAGUGCUUGCUCGUGAGCUCGGCGACCUGAAUGAGCGUUUGGACGAAGCAGGCGGUGCUACCAACGCCCAGGCUGAGCUCAACAAGAAGCGCGAGGCAGAGCUGGCUAAGCUGCGACGGGAUCUCGAGGAAUCCAACAUCCAACACGAGUCGGCGCUUGCUGGCCUUCGCAAGAAGCACAAUGACGCCGUGGCUGAAAUGACCGAACAAAUUGAUCAUCUUUCGAAGAUGAAGAACAGGACUGAAAAGGAGAAGGAAAUGAUUAAACGUGACGCCGAAGAAGCGAAGUCAGCUAUGGACACCCUUUCUCGUGAGAAGGCCAUGGCUGAUAAGACAAACAAGCAGAUUCAGCAGCAGAUCAAUGAUGUGAACUCCAGGUUUGAAGAAGCAAACCGCAAUCUUAACGAUUUCGAUGCUCACAAGAAGAAGCUUGCUAUUGAGAACGCCGACUUGUUGCGUCAACUGGAGGAGAUAGAAGGCCAGAUCUCUCAGCUGAACAAUCUCAAGGUUUCUCUCACGACGCAGUUGGACGAUACCAAGAAGAUUGUCGAGGAUGAGGCAAGGGAACGAAGCAACCUUCUUGGUAAAUUCCGCAACUUGGAACAUGACCUUGACGGCCUUCGUGAACAACUUGAUGAGGAAACUGAGGCUAAGGCUGAUGCUAAUCGCCUGCUGUCCAAGGCGAAUGCUGAAGCUCAUAUGUGGCGCUCCAAGUACGAGGCUGAAGGUGUGGCUCGUGCCGAAGAGAUCGAGGCCGCCCGCCUGAAGCUUGCCGCUCGCCUCGAGGAAGCUGAAUUGCAGAUUGAACAGCUCAAUGUAAAGAAUCUGCAGAUGGAAAAGGCCAAGGGGCGCGUUCUGUCCGACAUUGAGGAGAUGCAACUGCAGGUGGAACGUGCUCAGGGUCUAGCCAUUGCUGCCGAAAAGAAGCAGAAGAACUUUGAUCGGGUUGUCAACGAAUGGAAGGUAAAGGUUGACGAUCUUGCCGUGGAACUGGAUGCUUCCCAGAAAGAGUGCCGCCAGUAUUCCACCGAGCACUUCCGCAUCAAGGCCAUGUACGAGGAAAAUCUUGAGCAUCUGGAUGCUGUUCGUCGUGAGAACAAGAGUCUGGCUGAUGAGAUCAAGGACUUGAUGGAGCAGAUCAGCGAGGGAGGCCGAUCCCUUCACGAGAUAGAGAAGAAUGCAAAGCGUUUUGAAAUUGAGAAGGAGGAGCUUCAGGCUGCUCUCGAGGAGGCCGAGGUGGCCCUUGAACAGGAGGAAAACAAGGUUCUCCGCGGCCAGCUGGAACUUAGCCAAGUCAGACAAGAAAUUGAAAAGCGUAUCCAUGAAAAAGAAGAAGAAUUUGACGCGGCCCGGAAGUGCCAUCAGCGAGCACUUGACUCCCUCCAGUCUUCUCUUGAGGCUGAGGCUAAGAGUAAGGCUGAAGCUCUCCGUAUGAAGAAGAAAUUGGAGUCUGACAUCAAUGAACUGGAAAUUGCGCUCGACCAGUCUAACAAGGCCAAUGCUGACAUUCAAAAGGCAGUCAAGAAAGCACAACUGGAGCUGAAGGACAUGCAAGCUCGCAUUGAAGAAGAGCAACUAGUUGCCUCAGAAUACCGGGAACAAGCCAGUGCCUCUGAACGCAAGGCUAACGCCGUGAACGGCGAACUCGAGGAAUCACGCACACUCCUGGAACAGUCCGACCGUGCCCGUCGCCAGGCUGAGUCUGAACUGGCUGACUCCAACGAAACUUUGAGCCAUCUGUCGGCCCAGCACGGAUCUUUGUCCAUGGCGAAGAGGAAGCUGGAAGGCGAGAUGCAGACCCUUCAUGCUGACCUGGAUGACAUGCUGAACGAGUCCAAGAACUCUGAAGAAAAGUCCAAGAAAGCUAUGGUUGACGCUGCUCGUCUGGCCGAUGAACUCCGCGCUGAACAGGAGCACGCCCAGAACCUGGAGAAGAUACGCAGGGGUCUAGACGUUUCUGUCAAGGAGCUGCAAGGUCGUCUUGAGGAAUGUGAAGCUAACGCACACAAGACCGGCAAGAAGGCUCUUGCUAAACUGGAAACCCGAAUCCGAGAGCUGGAAUCGCAGUUCGACGACGAAGCGCGCCGUCACGCCGACGCCCAGAAGAACCUGAGGAAGUGCGAGAGGCGCAUCAAGGAGCUCAGCUUCCAGUCUGAAGAGGACAAGAAGAACCACGAGAGGAUGCAGGACCUGGUCGACAAGCUCCAGCAGAAGAUCAAGACCUACAAGCGCCAGAUCGAGGAGGCCGAGGAGAUCGCCGCCCUCAACCUGGCCAAGUAUCGUAAAGCUCAUCAAGAACUGGAAGGAGCUAGAAACUGA